CGGGACGGUGAGGUCCUCAAGUUUAUGGUUCAACCUUUUUUUUCAAUAACUAACAAAAGUACAAAACAAUGUGAACUACCCAACCCCUACCCCACACUGCAACAUGACUCAACAAAUUUUCACCUCUGUCAAAGCCCAUCAAAAGUUCACCUCUGCCUUCCACCUAAAUCUUACCAAUCUCUGUCCAUGUUUUUACCAUGAUAAUCCCAUCUCCUAUAAAGCUUAGGUAAAUCAAUAUUUAUUCAAUUUAUUUAGUCGAACCAUGGAAAGUGGGGCUCAAAGCAUCAUGCAAGAUGAAAUAAUUUUCCGCAGCAACUAUCCUCCUGUUCAAGUUCCUGAAGAUCUAACACUGCCAGAAUUUGUGCUUUCAAAUGCAGAGCCAUAUCUAGAUAAGGUGGCAUUUGUCGAUGAACUAACUGGGAAAGAAUAUAAUUAUGGAGAAGUAACUAGAGAUGUGAAGAGGUUCGCUAAUGCCUUGAGAUCACUUGGGCUGAGGAAAGGACGCGUCGUGGUGGUUGUACUCCCAAAUGUUGCUGAAUAUGCUAUCAUUGCACUCGGAAUCAUGGCUGCCUGUGGUGUAUUUUCAGGUGCAAAUCCGAAUGCACAUUCAUCAGAAAUCAAGAAACAAGUUGAGACUGCAGAUGCAAAGAUAAUUGUCACCGAUGGAUCAACCUAUGACAAGGUUAAAGAUUUGGGACUGCCAGUUAUAAUACAAGGCGAUGAUCGCAUAGAGGGAACUAUAUAUUGGGAUGAACUGCUAGAAGCUGCAGAUAGAGCAAAUACUGGUAUCAUCGAAGAAAAAGUGCAUCAAAAUGAUCUGUGCGCUCUACCAUUUUCAUCAGGCACGACUGGCCUAUCCAAGGGUGUUAUGCUAACUCACAGGAACUUAGUGGCCAAUCUCUGUUCUUCGCUCUUCAGUGUAGGUCCAGAAUUAAUAGGACAGGUUACUAUACUUGGUCUAAUACCAUUUUUUCACAUCUACGGACUUACUGGAAUAUGUUGUGCUACUAUUAGAAACAAGGGGAAAGUGGUGGUGAUGCGGAGAUAUGAACUUCGGGCAUUUGUGAGCGCAUUGAUCACGCACCAGAUCACAUUUGCACCAAUUGUCCCACCCAUCAUUUUGGUUUUGGUUAAGAACCCCAUAGUCGAUGAAUUUGAUCUUCGUAAACUCAAGCUCAGGUCUGUCAUGACGGCAGCAGCUCCGCUUGCUCCUGAAAUCCUUACAGAAUUUGAGAAAAAAUUUCCAGGCGUUCAGGUACAAGAGGCAUACGGAAUGACAGAGCACAGCUGCAUUACACUAACACAUGGCAAUCCAAAUAAAGGCCAUGGAAUUGCAAAGAGAAACUCAGUAGGAUUUAUACUUCCAAAUCUGGAAGUGAAAUUUAUCGAUCCUGAGAUGGGUCGGUCUCUUCCCAAGAACAGCCCAGGUGAAAUCUGUGUUAGAAGUCAGUGUGUGAUGAAAGGUUACUAUAAGAAUGAUUAUGAGACUGCUCUCACUAUAGACAAAGAAGGGUGGCUCCACACGGGGGACAUUGGCUACAUUGAUGAUGAUGGAGAUGUUUUUCUUGUGGAUCGCAUCAAAGAAUUGAUCAAAUAUAAAGGAUUCCAGGUUGCUCCAGCUGAAUUAGAGGCAAUCCUUCUAUCUCACCAUUCAGUUGAAGACGCGGCUGUCGUAGGGUUACCAGACAAAGAAGCAGGGGAAAUACCAGCAGCAUGCGUCGUCAUAAGCUCGAAAGAAAAAGAAAGUGAAGAAGAUAUUAUGAACUUCGUAGCAUCUAAUGUCGCCACCUAUAAAAGAAUUAGAAUGCUACAAUUUGUGGACACUAUUCCAAAAUCACCUUCUGGGAAGAUAAUGAGAAGAGUUGUGAAAGAAAAUAUGGUGAAAAAUCUGUAGAAAAUCUCUAAGGUUUCAAGAAAUGUGAUCUGAAUUAUCUUGAGUGACUGGUGACUGAAAGAUUUGUCAGUUCAAUAAUGAUGGAAACAAUUAGUUUUAUCUAUGAAUAAGUUUUAUAGGUACUUUAGUGUGAAACUGUGAGAAAGUUCACCACAUUUCUUUGUUUCCUAGGAGCACAAGCUCACAACAAUGAUUUGGAAAAUGCAGAUCCCAAUAUUAUAUAUAUUUCAAGA